AUGUCGCAUAGGAGCACUUCGGAGGGUAGUUCCUCCUCUGCCCAGUCCAGCCGGCAUGUUGACGAGACCGCUGCAUCCAGCGGGAAGGCGGGUCGCAGGCGCAAACGUCAUGUUCAAGACGUCAUCGAGGGCUCUGCACGAGUGGAGGGGGAACCUAACGCACCUCCGGCGCCAUCGUCGGAAGACGAUCCAAACGAGGCUCUCCCCAGUCGUAACCCAAGCCACACUCAAGACGAAGAUGGUGCGGAAGCGGACAACAAUGCUGAGGCCGACGCAGAAGAGGACGACGCCGGCAAGGGACGUGCUCCUAAUGACGCACCGGUCACGCGCGAGGAGCUGCAUAGCAUGAGGGAGCUCCAUGAAGCCACGGCACGUGCGAUUGCAAGGCUGGAGACGGCGUUCCUUGCGAAACCCAAGGAAGACGGCAACAAUAAGAAGAGGAGGAGGCGGAAGCGCGGCUCCGGCAAGGGAAAGCGCCGGAAGGCGCGGCGGGCACGCUCCACGUCCGAGACGGCGUCCGAUGAGGAGGGGGACUUCGACGACGAGGACGAAGGCCACCUUCGACACUCCACAUCUGCCAUUAUGCAGAAGGAGCUCGACCUCCUCCCGACCGACAAAGGCUGGAAGGUAAGACUCGAGUGUUGUCGGGAAAUAUGUGAGCAGGCUCGCACCGAGCUGUUCAUUUGGCGCUCCAACUCACAGCUGACAUUCUACCCCAGCAGCGCAGCCAAGACAUGGGCCAUCUACGCAGUCGUGGAUAACCUGACUCCCAGCUAUGCAAGCGUUGCUCUCGCGGCGUGCAAGGCACGUUGGAUCGACCUGAACAGGUCGUUCGGCGACUGGAAGACCGAUAAGCUGGCACUGUCUCGUUGGAGUUGCGACCUUGACGGGAUGCCGUUCGCGUCUGGGGCGUUUACAGCAUGCGCGCGGGUGGCGUUCAAGCCAAAGAUGGUGAACGGGACCGUGACACUGAAGCUCUACCACGUGGCAUGGCUGGAGCACGUGGUGACAGAUGCAGUCAAGCACUGGGAGGCACGCCAGGGUCGCUUCGCCAACUCCGCAAGCUCCAACGCGCAGAUCGUGGACGGCCUCCACGUCCUCGUCAAGGCUGCGGUUAGAGGGGCCAUCGCGGAUUUCCGGCCCGCCUAUGACGAGGCGUCCCAGAGCUGGGCGUGGGGCCGCCAUGGUCUGCGCAUCUCGGCCGACGGCAUCGCGGCAGCCGACGCAGUGAGCGCGGAGGCGAGCGUCAGCCGCGGGACUCCGCAGGCAUAA